CAGGCAAUAGGCAGGCUCGAGGGACUAAAGCAAGCCGUGCAGGGCUAGAUAUGACUUCCUUUGAUCAGCUAGCGGCGGUCGACCCUCUUCUGGCCAGAUUCAUUGAAGGAGAAACGCAAAAGCAACGUUUCCAGGUGUGGUUGAUGCUUGGUACUGUGAUGCCUGUUGUGCUUCAUCACAAGGCUCCUGAAAUGUUGUGAAAAGUUUGGUGCAAGACAGUCAAUGAAGCUGCACUAGAAGAGCCAAGAACUAAACUAAUAACAGGCAAGUGAAGCCCUGUACAGUUCAGUCAUGGACGAGACUCCCGCCACACUACAGCAGCAGCAGAAGAUGGCAGAGAAAGACUCUCCAGCCCCCAAGGAGUUCCGGAAACGCAAGAAGCGCCUCCUGCAACAGAUUGCAAACCAGAUGGAUUUCUACUUCAGUUCAGCAAACAUCACCAAGGAUCGCUUCAUGGGCAGUCUGCUUCGUGAUAGUCCCUACGUAGACUUGGAAACAUUCUUCAAGUUCAACAAGCUCAGAUCCAUGACCAAUGACAUUGCUUUUCUGAGGAAAGCCAUAAGCAAGUCCUCCCUAUUAGAGCUAUCAGAGGAUGGCCUUCAGGUCAGAAGGAAGGUGGCUGUAGAAGUAAAAGGAAAUGUACUGCACUGUACCAUAUAUGUGGAAAACAUUCCUUCCAAUGCCGACCAUGACUGGGUGCGUCAGGUAUUUGGGCAAUAUGGAACCAUUGAUUACAUAUCUCUGCCUCGCUACCAUCGCUCAGGCAGACCCAAGGGUUUUGCCUUUGUAGAGUUUAAGGUUCCUGAGAUGGCAAACUCAGCCCUGGAGGCAUUUGGUGCCCUUGAGUGUAAAAUUCCUCCCACCACCGAUCCUGCUGAGCUGCAGAGCAUCAAGGCAUUUGAAGGUAACACAGAGCAGCAGGUGGAAGGGGACAGUCAUGUGGAGUCUCACAGUGACAACCAGAGUGUGGAGAAGGAGAGUGAUGGUGAAAAGAGUUUGGAAGUCUCUGUGGGAGAGGGAGAAAAUGUAAAGAAAAGGAAAUUAGAUAGUGCAAGUGAAGAAAUAAAUGAGAAGAAAAGGAAAAAAAGUAAAGAGGAGAAUAAAUCUGAUGAUAUGGCUGAACAGGGAGGGAAAGAAAUGGACGCCAGUGUGAGUGAGUCACAGCAGGGCACUGAUGGAGGAGAGGAACCUACUAGUGGCAAAGAAGAGAGUAAAUCUGAUGAUAUGACUGGACAGGAAGAGAAAGAAAUGGACGCCAGUGAGAGUGAGCCACAGCGGGGCACUGAUGGAGGAGAGGAACCUUCUAGUGGCGGCAAGAAAAAGAAGAAGAAACGGAAGCGAAAAAAGAGAGAAAAGGAGGUUAUUGACAGCAUAUACUUGAGAGUCAUGUCCAAAGAAGACUGGAAGAAGUUAAGGAACAAAUAUCUCAAUACUCAAAGAGAGAACAUGAGGUUACUCAAGAUGCAACUGCAGGAGAGGUACCACCAGGAACACUUCAGACAACGCCAUACCAAAUGGAACAUGGAGUGUGACCAAAAUCAUGAUAUGGAGCAAACCCAGGAGGCCCAGGAGGCCCAGGAGGAAGCAGUGGCAGAUAGCAGGCUAGAGAAGGACCAGAGCCUCAAGCCACAGUUCACACCAAAUUCAGUGAUAAAGAUUAGCUUUGAAGAGCCACCUCAUGACCCCAAGAAACUGAAGGAUACUGUUAAGGAGGGAAGUGGAGUGGCAUAUGUUGAUGUGAGUGCAACCGAGAGGGAUGUAUUUGUCAGGUUCACAUCAGAGGAGGCAGCUGCUGCAUACAGGAAGACUGGGUGUUGGAGUCGCAUGGAGAUUCUGUCUGGUACCGAGGAAGAGGAGUAUUGGGACCGCAUUUUGUCAUGUUGGACUCAGCGCAGGAAUAAAAAGAGCAAGCAGAAUGGAAAGCAGUCCCAGAGUUGCAUUGGUGAGCUGCGGGGAAGAGAGAAACUUUUUCUGAAAGCCUUUAGGGAUGCCCAGAACACCAAAUGUAACUCACACAUUGUGUUUGAUGACUGACAAGAAAGAGUUUCCAGAUAUCUGUAACAAUGUCAAGGUCAUUUUGGACAAUAUUGAUGCACUUAUAACUAUCAAGGUGUGUCAAGUGUAUUAGAUAUCCAGAUACCUGCAGUAUCUAUAACAUCAAGGUGCAAAGUUUGUCCAGGUACUUUAUAACAAUAUGGAAAGACAUCCUCAAUAAUGUUUAGGUGCUCUCAGUGUCCAGGUGUACUUGUAAAACUACCAAGCUUCAUUGAGUGCCUAGCAUCAUGUAAUAUCACCAAACCUCGGGUCAUGAUCUGAUACACCUCUUCCCUACACCUCCACUAUUUUCAAAAGAUUAUAGGUGAGGUUACGUGAGUUUUUAAAGGUGUUUUUACAGUUCUAGUGCCAGAUUAACAAGAUUUGUACUGUAUCAACAGGAUGAAUAUUCUUGAGAAUGAGGCAAAUCAUCUCAGUGGCUUUGAAAAUAGUAAUUUCAGAACGAAGCCAUAGCAACUGUCUUGCACGUGAAUGGUUGGACUGAUUAAUGUUGCAUCUCAUGUUAAGCUAAUUACAACUUUCUGAACUCAGUGUGUAGAUGUAAAUCAUUCUUGAGUUUCUUUGUCAUGCAGUGUCUCAAAAGUUAAUUUCAAUAUUGUUAUGAAUUUUUUAUAUUCUUCAUGGAAAUAAAUACUAUUAGGAUUUAACUAUCUGUGAGGCAUGUAAUAAAGAGUGUGAUAUAAAUUGAGGAAUUAAUUGCUUUUAUAGAGAUGCACAAUAAAGUUUCAGGAAAUAA